AUGACUGCUCAAGGCUAUUAUUCGGAUACAGUAGCCCAAGGAGGACCAGAUGUGGAAGAGGAAUUACUGGAUUUCGAUAGGGCGAUGCGAGACUUCCAGCAAAUGUUCCCGAACGUAAGCCCCGCCCACAUCGAGUAUGUUCUACGAAAAUACGACGGAGACGUGUCGGCGACGAUCAAUGAACUGCUCUACGAUAACACACCCUCUACUCCAACGUCUUCUAGUUAUUUCCCACGUGGCGAAGAUGUUCUGACACGAUUACGUCGACGAAGACAUGAGAUAAAUGAGAGGUUGAACGAAAAUCAGAGGUUUUUGGAUAGAGUGACGGAUGUGGAGACGGCGAGAACAUACGAAGACCAACAACUGGCUCUUUUGCUCGAACACCGCGAAGUGAACACCCUUAUUAGUGAAGAGAAAGCGAUUAACUCUUUCUCCAAAGUUCAGAUAGUGGAGGCUCACUGCAUCCAUCGCUGCAUACCACACCUGGUCGUCACGCAGACGUGGUGCGUUCCAAUCACUCAUUGUCUCCGUUUUCAACAAUUCCAUGCCCGUUAUGAACCUGACGUGAUCCUUCAGGGACGGCGUGUUCUGUGGUUGGAUGUUUUCUUUGUCACACUCAUUACCGAGAAGAGAUUCCCCUUUCCGAACGUCAACACCUUUCGUCCGAGAUUAUUGGUUAAUCGCGACGAUUUUCAUCUCACGACGAAUGGAUUGCAUUUGCUCGUAGGACAUGUGGUUUACUCGGAAUAG